CAAAUUUCGCUGCAAAGGCGACCAUCAUGAAGACGAGUAGCGUGGUUUUGUCUAUCGAUCAAGGUAUCUAACUAAAUCAGCCUGCAUGGAGACCGGUGUUCGACAACUGCCUGUCGCACAAUCUCCUCCUAUUCGUCCGUCGGCCAAUGUAAGGGAUGACCUGCGUGUGGAAUGCGGACGAGGGGAAAUUGUGCUGGCAGCGCAGUUGCCGUUCUGAGAUGAUACGGUUGAACUUGAUCUGGAUAAUUCCAGCGAAAGGACUCAUGCGCGCUUUUUCUCCUUUCCCCCAAGCUCUGUUGCGGAACUUACACUGAUUGAAUCUUAACAGUAUGGCCGCGGAAAGUGAAAUCGCCACCGUAGGCGUGCACCCGGGGAAAGAGGACUCGAAAUUUGAUUCUGCGGAGAAUCCCCCCAGAACGCCCGAUUAUGAUGAAGAAAACUCUACCAGGGGGAACAAUGGCCAUCCUGCCACAGGCCGUAUUGGCUCAUACGUCAGGAAGUUUGAGCAGCAGUUGCUUGAGUACAAUCUCGAGGCGCGUGGUAUCGAGCGAGUCGAUGAGGCUGAACGGAUGUCGAAACUGUCUUGGGUUUCGUACAUUCAAGCGUUCUUGCUCUGGGUUUCCGUCAAUCUUGCAGCCAAUAAUAUCACACUUGGGAUGUUGGGACCUGUGGUUUAUGGAUUAAGUUUUCUUGACUCUGCACUUUGCGCCGUUCUUGGAGCCGCAGUUGGUGCUCUAGCUUCCUCAUGGAUGGCUACCUGGGGACCUGUCUCUGGUAUCCGGACUAUGGCUUUUACUCGUUAUUCCAUGGGCUGGUGGCCAAGCAAGAUCGUCGUGAUUUUGAACUUGAUUCAAAUGAUCGGAUAUUCUCUGAUUGACUGUGUUGUCGGAGGGCAAAUUCUGUCAGCGGUAUCGCCCCACGGAAAUAUGUCAGUCGCUGUCGGAAUUGUCAUCAUUGCGAUUAUUAGUUGGGUCGUGGCUACAUUCGGUAUCCAGAUCUUCCAUUACUACGAACGAUUUGCAUUCUUUCCCCAACUCAUUGUGGUUUGUAUACUGUAUGGCGUGUCUUCGGAGAAGUUUGACCUGUCGACACCAUCUACGGGGGAUGCACGCACACUGGCCGGUAACAGGCUGUCGUUCUUCUCCAUCUGUCUCAGUGCUGCAAUCACCUAUGCACCACUGGCAGCCGACUUUUUUGUCUACUAUCCUGAACGUACCUCUAGGUUGACCAUAUUCUCCCUCUCAUUAUUUGGUCUCAUGGCUUCAUUCACCAUGGCCUUCCUUGUGGGAAUUGGACUUGCGUCUGGAAUACCUAUCCACCCAGAGUAUGACGAAGCGUACGCCAAAGGUGCCGGAGCGCUCAUCGUGGAAGGGUUUGGUCCGUUAUAUGGAUUUGGCAAGUUCUGCUCAGUAAUUGUUGCUCUUGGGCUCAUCGCAAACACCAUUGCACCUACAUAUUCCGCUGGAGUUGAUUUCCAAAUCCUUGGACGGUAUGCAGAGAUGAUACCAAGAGCUAUUUGGAAUACCAUCGCCGUCGUGAUCUACACUGUCUGUGCACUGGCAGGCCGAAGCAACCUCUCAGACAUCUUCACCAACUUCCUUUCUCUCAUGGGCUAUUGGGUCGCCAUUUGGAUGGCCAUCAUACUCGAAGAGCGCUUCAUCUUCCGACGUCGCCUUGGAUAUAACUGGACUAUCUGGAAUAAUCCAUCAAAGCUUCCAAUUGGAAUAGCUGGCUUGAUUGCUUUCCUAGUCGGUUGGGCUGGUGCGAUCUUGUGUAUGGCGCAGGUCUGGUAUAUUGGACCAAUCGCAUCAUUGGUGGGUGACUAUGGUGCCGAUAUGGGUAACUAUGUGGGUUCCAGCUGGGCAGCCCUUGUCUACCCUCCUCUGCGAUAUGUUGAACUCCGUCGAUUUGGACGGUAGAUUGGGUAUAUCAUUGGACAUUCCAUGUUCAAUAUCAAAAGCUUCAACCAGGGAAUGUGGGUGACCACGUCAGAAACCUGUGCUAAUCUGCUGUUUUUAAAUUUGUAAAUAUCUACCCAAGGUGUUCUCCCAAACAACCUCGAAUUAGAUAGAUCCAUGUCUCUAUAGCUACAUUUUAUGCAAAUAAUUAGAGUCGCUAAGACCUAUACACAACUUGGUAAUUUUUACUUGAAAUAGUGCAA